AUGAAGUUUCUCAAGUCUCUGCUCGAUAAGAAGUCUCACAAAGGCGCCGAUCGUGCAGAUAAUGGUGCCGUGGUGACUAGAAAGCUGCCUCCCAUCGACUUGACACGGACGACUCGUUCUAUCACGAGCGCUGACAACGGGGAGAAGAAACCCAGAAUCGGGAAACUCACGCUCUCGGCCAAGUGCCUCGAAUACGUCAAACAACACGCAGAGCGCGGCAAUCCGACCUCCGUCAUCAACUGCAUCGACAAGUUCGCGUCCACGAACCACGUGAUGAACAUUAACCAAGUCAAGGGAGCAGUGGUUGACGAGGAGAUCCGCAAGAAAAAGCCAGUCGUGAUGGCAAAACUGGGCGCUUACACUGGCUUCAGUACCGUGAGGUUCGCGAGUCUGCAGCGCGAGGUCGUCGGCAAGGAGUCGCAUUACUACUCGUUUGAAUACUCGCCAGUAUUCGCUGCUCGCGUUCGUGAGAUGGUGGAGAUUGCGGGGCUAGUGAAUCAAAUGACGGUGUAUGUUGGGGCGUUCUCCGAGCAGUAUCAAGUGCUGCGUGGCAAGACCGUCGACCGCAGUAAGAGCUGCACCUUCAUCAUCGACCACGAGAAGACGGUCUAUUUGUCCGAUCUGAAGCUGAUUAUCGGCAGUCACACGUUGGCUCCCGGCUCUGUUAUCGCUGCAGACAACGUCGUGCGACCUGGUGCGCCCGACUACCUCGAGUUUAUUGAGAACAACCCUCAAUUCUCGACUGAGCGUCACACAAUCAGCUGUGGACGUGACGGCCUUUUGCUGCCGGACCUGUCCAUCGCCACAUUCUUGGGAUAA